AUGAAGCGAAAACGUGCACUCAAUGGAAAUUUCAAGAAUGUCAAGUUGACAUUGAAUCAAUGCUUGCGCCCUGAGUACCGAGAAGCGGUUCUGAACUGGACAAUUUACUGGUGUGAAACAGCUACGGUCAUUUCGGUUUUAGCAUCUUUGUUGGUUUUAUUUGAAGUCAACAAAGCCUUUGACGAAGAUAAUCAAGGAUUUUUUGCCGGAAAUGGGUACAAAUUGAUUGAAAAAUGUUUCACAUCUGUUUUGAAUGAGCACAAGCACAAAUUGCCGCUCGAGUUCAGACAAAUAAUUGAAAGAGUCGUCCGAAAUUUUCAAUGGCCAUUGCGUGCAGGCAUGGGAAACGCUUUUAAUGAACUCUUCAAACAAUACACGACCAAUUUGAAAAACAACAUCAAGGUUUGGAGUUACAGUCGCAUACGUAAGUUUUUCGUAUUGAAGCGUUUUGAACUGAAUUUAGUGCUUGGUAACAAUAUCACCGAAAUCGAUGUAAAAAACGCCACCAAAUCGGUUAUGUUCAACAACAUUAUGAGAACUAGUGCGAAUGUGAAUCUGCUUUUGGAUCAAGCGAAAUUGAUCGGAAUACCAGUUGGCGAGAAAUUCCAUGAUCGGGUUAAAGAACACUGGUUUCAAACCAUUCCGUUGACAAAAGGAUGGUUUGGACAACCGAAAAGUAUCUCAAAGGAAAUGUACAGCGACGAUCCAGCUACAUAUUGGGAUAAAAUCUUCAAUAUGCCGAAGAUUCUGAAAAUCGGCAGUGGCAAGGCGUUUGAUUAUGCAAUUCUCACCGACAGUGUUGCAAUUUCAUUGUGUUUUGUCAAACCAGAACGGCCAAUAAUCGAAUUAACCAAUGAGCAAAUCAAUGAUAAAUUCAACAACAAUGAAUUCAAAUUUGUGCUAGGAAUGGAUCCAGGUGUUCGCACAUGGAAUGCGACCGUACGCAAGCACAUAAAAUCUGGCAUCGAGGAAAACAUCACAAUCGACGGUCCGAAAUACCACUGGCAUGCCAAGUAUGGAAAACGUAAGCGCAAAAUCGACAAAUUGAUUGAAGAAUUCACCAAAUUGGAACAAGACGAUCGCAAGCGAUAUGCAUUUUAUCCAUCGGCCAAAGGACGUUCACAUUGGAUGUGUUACAUCGAACAUCGUGUGAAAAUGAUGCAACGAGGAAUGUCGGUGUAUUCAUCUCGAAAAUAUCUUCGACAGCGAUUGGACAAGUACAUCGAAGAAAAUCGUGCUUCCGAUCUGAUUGCAGCAUGGCUUACGUUGAAAAAGGCAUGCUUGAUUUUCAUUGGUGCAGCGCAGAUGGCCCCCAAUUCACCGAUUGGUAUCAAGAAGCGAUUGCGAUGCCCAGGUGUACGUCGAUUGGUACGAAGCUUCAACAAGUUGGGAAAUUGCAUCAUACGGUAUGUGGAUGAAUUCAAUACAUCACAAACAUGUGGCAAGUGCUUUCGCCCAUUCGAUCGAAGAACGAAGAAGGACAGAUACAAAGUGUGUCAACAUUGUAUACCAAGUGGUGAAGUGACAAACAUUUGGCUACUGGGAAAAACCGUGAUCAGCAAGAAAAGCAAUCGAGAAUACCAACAACAGCGCCAAAGUGUAAAGGUUGAUGUUCAACGACGCAAUCAAGAUCCAAAAAUGUCAUAUGGUUUAGUGUCCAAACUUACUAUAAGUUUCAAAAAAUGGCGUCUAAACGAUGACAACGAAUGGAUCGAUGAUCGUCAUCCACAUCAACUGAAAACUGUUUGGCAUCGCGAUAUUGUCGCAGCUGUUUGCAUUUUAUACAAAGGUCUUUGUAUUGUGCAAGGCAUAGAUGUGCAUCCGCAGCUAUCGAGAGAACACCGCGAACAACAAGCACAAAAUCAUGGAAAUGAUGUAGAAAAUGCUGUUAAUGCCGAUGAUAGCGACAGUGACGACGAUUACGUGCUCGAAGUUGCCGAUGAUGAAUAG